AUGGAAUCUAGAACAAGUAAAUCUAAAAAGAAAACUCAACAACAAAGAGAAAGGUGGACUCUAGAAGAAGAUAAUUUACUGCGUAAAAUAAUUAGGAAAUAUGGAACAAGUUGGUGUAAAGUGGCAUAAAGUUUUCCAGAUAGAAAUCCAAAUUCUUGCAUUUAAAGAUGGAAAAGAUUGACGGGAAGAAAUGUAAGCAAUAUCUCAAAAUAUUAGAAAAAAAAAAAAUAGAAAUGGAAUAUCAAAGAAGAUUAUUUACUUUAAAAAUUAGUUGCAGCUUAUGGAAAUAAAUGGAAUCAAAUCUCAAAACAUUUCAAAGGGAAAAGUAAUAAACAAUGUAUGGAGAGAUACAAUAAUUGUCUGAAUCCAAAUCUUAAUAGGAAACCAUUUACAUAAGAAGAAGAUGAAAUUAUUUACUAAAAUUACAUAUGCUUAGGUUCCAAAUGGGCUAAGAUAGCCUUGUAACUAAAUGGAAGAACGGUAUACUGUUUUAAUAUUUAGUUCAGCAAAACUAAAUAAAAAAUAGAUUCUAUUCUUGCAUCAUUACCUCCCAUUUAGAAUUAUAAAACCCAUAUUAUACCAAAUUAUCACCUUAACAAGCAAAAGAAGCUUUACUAAAAGCCAGAUUGGAACAUAAAGGAAAAUUAUUCUUAGAAAAUGAAAAUUUAUAUAAUAAGGAAUUUGAAUUAAGCCAAUUAAACUAGUCAGCUUGUGAGAGCUAAUCAUUUUAAAUCGAAUAAGAAGAUGUUUAUUCUAAUUUUCAUACCCUUAAAUGA